GACAUCAUGCUAUUACAGCUAUAAUUUUGGUCCUUGGACGGUCUGUUUCUGCUCUGGCCAAAGAGCUUGCCUGUUGUAGAGAGAGCUAAUUAAGAGCGCCUGCUCCCGUAGUCACCGCUAACCCCGUCGUCAGCACCGUCUUAGUCACCCAGACCGUCACAGGCAGCAGCACUAGGACCAUCUUCCAGCGUCAGGCCGUCCAGACUCCAGUCUGCACCCCCACCAAGACUGUCCCCGCGUAGGCAUCGCCGUGCUCAAACGCAGCCCGCUACAGCUCCGCCUGCUCCUGCAUCGGCGCCACUGCUGCUACGACCACGGCCUCGACGCCCCUCGUGACCUCGACUGUGACCUUCUCCACGACUACGACGGUUAUGCCCACUGUCACUCGCCUGGCACAGUCGUGCAGUAUUCCAGCUAACUGUCGUGGUAUCUUCGUGAGCACAUGCAUGGGGGCCACGUGUGUGUGCAUCCUAUCCACCGAGGGCCGCUCAGUCUGCAUUGAGGAAGCUAGCUGUGGUAAUGCUUGCGCCAGCAGCAACGACUGCGCUGACGACGAAGUCCGCGCGACGGAGAGCUGGUGCGGGCAAGGCAACUUCUUUGCGAAACUCCACAAGCGCGGCCGUGACGGGGCCCAGGUCAGUUGUUUGCACCGUCUAGCUUGAUAAGAAAUAAUACCAUGUGUUCUGAUUAGACGCGGAUUCG